AUGCUCUUUCACGCACUUGUCACAUUCCUCUCUGUGAAUUCGAUCUCGAAAACAAAGCUUAAAAAUGGCGAAUGGUAUUCGAUCUUUCCAAUUGAACACCGGAGCUCAGAUUCCUUCCGUCGGUUUAGGCACUUGGCAGUCCGAUCCCGGUCUCGUCGGCGAAGCUGUCGCCACCGCCAUCAAGGUAGGAUACCGCCAUAUUGAUUGUGCUCAAGUAUAUGGAAAUGAGAAGGAGAUUGGUUUGGUUUUGAAGAAGUUGUUUGAAGAUGGUAUCGUGAAGCGCGAGGAUUUGUUUAUUACCUCCAAACUCUGGUGCAGUGAUCAUGCUCCAGAAGAUGUACCAGAGGCACUAAACAGAAUUUUGCAAGAUUUGCAGCUUGACUAUGUUGAUUUGUACCUUAUCCACUGGCCUGUCCGGAUGAAGAAAGGGUCAAUUGGCUUUAAGCCUGAAAAUCUCGGUAUUCCUACUGACAUACCUACCACAUGGAAGGCAAUGGAAGCUCUAUAUGAUUCCGGUAAAGCCCGUGCUAUUGGUGUCAGCAAUUUUUCUUCGAAGAAACUGGGAGAUUUGCUAGAGGUAGCACGUGUUCCCCCUGCCGUCAACCAAGUUGAGUGUCAUCCUUGCUGGCAACAGUCCAAGCUACAUGAAUUCUGUAAAGCUAAGGGAGUCCAUCUAUCUGGAUACUCGCCUCUGGGUUCUCCUGGUACAACUUGGCUCAAGAGUGAUGUCCUUAAGCAUCCAAUUUUAAAUGCGGUUGCAGAGAAACUAGGCAAGACUCCUGCUCAGGUUGCUCUUCGUUGGGGUCUACAGAUGGGUCAUGGUGUACUCCCCAAGAGUACAAAGGAAGCAAGGAUCAAGGAAAACUUUGAUGUCUUUGACUGGUCUAUUUCUGAAGACUUGUUUGUCAAGUUAUCUGAAAUUCAGCAGGCAAGACUCAUCCGAGGGACUUCAUUUGUCAAUGAGACUCUUGGGCACUACAAGACAGUUGAGGAACUCUGGGAUGGUGAGAUAUGAGAAGACAGACAAAUGAUGGCAGAGGCACCAUGGCGGUGGCGGUUUUCUAUUUACAGCAUCAUUGACAACCAAUGCUGCGAGUUUAGGUUUCGUAAUCUUUUUUAGUUCUAGUCACCUAGGUUGUGUUUCUGCUGAAUUUGCUUUACAUCUUUUCUUCCGUCUUGUUAAAGGCUACAAUGUUACUAAAUUUGGUAAAUUCUGAAGAUUGCAACAACAAAAAAUUGAAGAGACGUUCUCUGUCAUGUUUUUUUAUUCUCAUGGAAGAUGUAUUGGUAAACCAAAUGAUUUUGGAUGGUUUGUUAAAAUUUACUAUGUUUUCAGUGUUUGUGAGACCAUUCGUAUCCAACAAAUAAAUGCGAGUUUGUGUUCUGCUUUGAUGCU